AGUUGUAGCAGAUUUUCUUGAGAUGCCAUUUAGAAGCUGGGGCUUUGCCGAACACUCCCGGCUCUGUGGUACAGGGUGAGAGAACAGAGAGGCAAGGCUGGGCAAGAGGUCUCCUGUGCACCUGUGGCCUAACAACUUUGCUGGGGAUUCAAGAGUGGGAUGUUUGGAGAUGACCUUUUGCCCUUUGGGCAGAUUAAAUCUUUCCAAUCAGGGGGAAGAGAGUUUUCUGAAACUUGCCUGUGGGAACAUGAGAUUCUGCUGUGUGCUGACACUGAAGAGGAAACCACGUGAGGGGACACCACAUCUUCCUUCCAGUGUGACAUCUUAAGGGCUCAGGGAAGGCGUGAAGAAAGAUCUGGUUGUUUCCUGUGAUUGCUGGUAUUUGAGACCCAGAAGUCUCUCCAUGGCUUCUUAUUACAUCCGCAAGUUCCAGGAGACGGACCACAAACAGGCUGUGGACUUGUUCUCCAGGGGCUUGGAGGAGCACAUCCCCGCCACCUUCCGCCACCUGCUGCUGCUGCCCCGAACCCUCCUGCUCUUACUUGGGGUGCCCCUGGCCCUGGUCCUGGUGUCUGGCUCCUGCCUGCUGGCCGUUGUAGGCAUUAUCCUUUUGCUUCUACUCCUGCGGCUCCUUGCCAGACAGCCCUGGAAGGAGUAUGUGGCCAAGUGUUUGCACACAGACAUGGCUGACAUCACCAAGUCCUACCUGAGGGUACAUGGCUCCUGCUUCUGGGUGGCUGAGUCUGCGGGGCAGGUGGUGGGCACAGUGGCUGCUCUGCCAGUCAAGGAUCCUCCAUUAGGGAGGAAGCAGCUGGAGCUCUUUCGCCUGUCUGUGUCCUCACAGCAUCGAGGACAGGGGAUAGCGAAAGCGCUGGUCAGAACUGUCCUCCAGUUUGCACGGGACCAGGGCUACAAUGAUGUUGUUCUUGAGACCACUAUCAUGCAGCAAGGUGCUAUGACCCUCUAUGAGGCUGUGGGAUUCCAAAGGACAGGUGAAUACUUAUACCCCGGCAUUAUUAAAUGGUUCAUGGAUUUUUCUAUAAUUCAUUUCACAUAUCCUCUCCCUUCUGCUCAGUAACAUGGACUAUGACCUUAUUUCUUACCAUAUCUGUCAGGUUCCAAUUAAGCGUACUAUAUAUAACAAAUAAUAAAAAGCACACUUUUCAUGCUCA